AUGCUUCCUCCUCUAUGCAGAUCCAUAUUCACUUUUCUUCUGCUAAUUUUCCUGCUUUUUUCCACCUGGGUUUUCUCAGAAGACGACAUUAAGUGCUUGCAGGAAGUUAAAAGCUCAUUGACUGACCCAACAGGGAAGCUUAAUUCGUGGAAGUUCUCGAAUUCUUCCGUUGGAUUCAUCUGUAGUUUUGAAGGGGUUACGUGCUGGAACGACCGAGAAAAUCGGCUUCUCGGCCUGCAACUCCGGGACUCCAGUCUCGCCGGGAAAAUCCCGGCUUCUUUACAGUUCUGCCACAACCUCCAGAGUCUCGAUCUCUCUAGUAAUGCCCUCUCCGGUUCGAUCCCACCUCAAAUUUGUACUUGGUUGCCUUAUUUGGUUACUUUAGAUUUGUCCCAUAAUGAAUUUUCUGGUGAAAUCCCUGCUGAUCUCGCCAAUUGCACGUAUUUGAAUAACUUGAUUUUGGAUGAUAAUAGAUUGUCUGGGAAUAUUCCGAUUCAGUUUUCGAGUUUAGGAAGGUUGAGAAGGUUUACUGUUGCUAAUAAUGAUUUAUCUGGGAGAGUCCCCGAGUUUAAUUAUGAUUUGGAGCUUGAUUUUGGUGGGAACAGUGGACUUUGUGGAGGAUCUUUGGGAAAAUGUGGGGGGCCUGGGGGCUUGAGUAAGAAGAAUUUGGCAAUUAUUAUAGCGGCCGGGGUUUUUGGUGCGGCAGGUUCUCUGUUGUUAGGGUUUGGUUUAUGGUGGUGGUGUUUUAGUAAGAAAAGAAAGAGGGGAUAUGGGAUUGAAGGGAGAGAUGAAGCUAGCAGUUGGGUUGAAAGAUUGAGUGCUCACAAGCUUACUCAAGUUAUGUUGUUUCAAAAACCACUAGUGAAGGUUAAGUUGGCAGAUUUAUUGGCGGCCACGAAUGGUUUUAGCGCGGAAAAUGUUAUCGUCUCGACUAGUACGGGGACGACGUACAAGGCGGUUUUGCCGGACGGGUCGGCACUUGCGAUUAAGUGGCUUAAUACUUGUAAGAUGGGGGAGAAACAGUUUGGGCUGGAGAUGAAUAGGUUAGGGCAACUUAGGCAUCCAAAUUUGGUGCCUCUAUUGGGGUUUUGCUUGGUGGAGGAGGAGAAGCUCUUGGUUUAUAAGCAUCUGUCUAAUGGGACUUUGUUUUCGAUUUUGAAUCGUAAUGCGGUUGCUUUGGAUUGGACAACAAGAUUUAGAAUCGGUUUGGGCGCUGCACGAGGACUUGCGUGGCUUCAUCAUGGUUGCGAUCCUCCUAUAUUGCAUCAAAACAUUAGCUCCAACAUUAUUCUCCUCGAUGAGGAUUUUGAUCCUAGGAUAAUGGACUUUGGUUUGGCAAGACUCUUGACUUCUUCAGAAUCUGAUGAGAGCAGUUUCAUCAAUGGGGAUUCAGGUGAAUUUGGAUAUGUAGCUCCUGAGUACUCGAGCACAAUGGUAGCUUCUCUUAAAGGGGAUGUUUACAGUUUUGGGGUUGUACUUCUCGAGUUAGCAACGGGACAAAAAGCUCUUGAAGUCAGUAUGUCCGGGGAACGAUUUAAAUGUAAUUUAGUGGAUUGGGUACACCAGCUCUCGGGUUCUGCUCGAAUCAAAGAUGCUAUCGAUAAAAGCCUGUGCGGAAAGGGCAAUGACGAGGACAUCGUGCGAUUCUUGAGAAUAGCAUGUAAUUGUGUCAUUUCUCGGUCCAGGGAUAGGUGGUCAAUGUAUCAAGUCUAUGAAUCAUUGAAAAGCAUGGCCGAGGAACACGGUUUCUCAGAACAAUACGACGAAUUUCCUCUACUAUUUCGAAAAGAAGAUACGAAAAGUCCCAUUUGA